AUGCCGGAACAAGAUCUUUAUCAAGCCGCAGUUUCAAGAGUAGACAUUAAUUCAUUCAGGCAGAUGAACCAACAACUUAUAAUGGACGUGUAUAAGUUCACUUAUUUUGGUUAUAGCAUCCUCCAUGUAGCUGUAAGCAAUCGGAGUAUGGAUAUUGUGGAACAAAUACUUGAAACAGCUCCAGAUCUUUUAAAUGCAUUGGAUUCAAGGAAAUGGUCACCUCUUCACCUAGCCUCAGUUCAAGAUGACAAUAUUGUUAUGAUGAGAAGGUUGCUACACAUCAACCCAUAUGUGGCUCGGGUCAAGACUUCCCAUGGAGAUUCAAUUCUACACCUUUGUCUAAAGAACAGUCAACCAGAAUCUCUGCAGCUACUGAUGGAUACUAUCCAAGAUACCGAAUUCGCAAAUCUAACCGAUGCUGAAGGCAACACCAUUCUCCAUCUAGCCGUUAUGCUCAAUUCAAAUGUUUUGAAUUAUUUGUUAGAGAAAAACAGAGUAAAAGUGAACGCCAAGAAUGCAGUUGGGAACACGGCACUAGAUAUCGCAUUAGAAUGCACAGAAAGAAGAGAGGAAAUGAUAGGAAUUCUCAAGAGAAACGGAGCAUGGAGUAGCAAGCAUGUUAAUGAAGUGAAAUGGCUAAGUGAAAAGAGAAAUGUGCUCAUAGUAUUGGCAUCACUCACAGCAACAAUGACGUUUCAAGCUGGGGUGAACCCUCCUGGUGGAACCUGGCAAGACAACUCGGGUAUUUCACAUAGAGCUGGAGAAGCUGUGAUGGCUUAUAACUAUUCGAAACUGUACACACACUUUCUUUCGUUCAAUACUAUUGCAUUGAUGGGUUCUUUGAUCACGAUCUUACUAUUACUUAUGGGUUUGCCUUCGGGAAAAGGAAUUGUAAUGAAGCUUCCUGUCACAAUAAUGUGGUUUACCAUUUUGGUAAUGAUCUUCACUUAUACUGUGUCUAUUACAAUGACCACACCAAAAGGACUAAGGGGGUUUCUUUUCUUGCAUAUUGCUUGGGGAGUAGUAGGUUUUGGGUCUACAAUGGCUAUCUUUAGACUAAGGCAUCGUAUUGUCCACUUCAAUGAGUUUAUAUGUGGUAAAAUUAUGCAACCGCAUCGCCCUGCGGAAGGGGCGGAAGAUCGUCCAGUUUAA